AUGAAGUUCCUCAACCUCCUCAGCCUUUCCCUCCUCCUCGCUGUGGCCAGCGCCGCGGCUGUCCCAGAGGUCGAGGGCACCAUUACCAACGACGCAGCCUCCCCCUCCAACAACCUCGCCGAUAAACGCGACCUCUGCCGCCAGGUCUGCCUCAACAACCAGAUGUGCGGUGGUAAAUGUCCCAGAUGCGACAAGAAAUCUCUCACCUGCAAGGCUUAG